AUGGAGCGGUUGAUGGGUGUGAUGGAACCGGUGGGCACCACCGCUCGCUACAUUGACAGCAUAUCGGCGAACUUUGGGCGGGGCCGAUGCGCCGUGGCUUACGGUGGUACCCAUCUGGACUGCGCUCUCUACUUGACCGUGAUGCGUCUCUGGGUUGUCGUUUGGGUGCUGAGGAUGCUGGAAGACCGCAAACCCGCUUCGCUCCGCCACGUUUACUGCUUGUGGAAUUUGUUCCUGAACGUAUUCUCUGCUUUUGGCACCUGCUCGCGGCUCCCCACGUAUCUUGAGCCGUGGCGGGAGCGCGGACUCUGCUGA